AUGAGUGAAUCAAGACAGGAGUUGCUGCAGUGGGUUAACAACCUGCUGCAACUGAAUGUGACGAAAGUCGAGCAAUGCGGAACCGGUGCUGCAUUCUGUCAAAUUCUUGACUCAAUUUAUAUGGACAUCCCUAUGGGACGAGUAAAGUUCAACGUUAACACCGAAUACGCCUAUGUAAACAACUUUAAGAUUCUGCAGAGUGCCUUUGUGCGCCAUCAGAUCGACCGUCCGGUCCCUGUCCAGUCCUUGAUCAAGUGCCGUAUGCAGGACAACCUGGAGUUUCUGCAGUGGAUAAAAAGACAUUGGGACCAGUACUAUCCUGGCGGUGAAUACGAUGCCGUUGCACGACGAAAGGGAUCCGGAGCGCCUCCACCUGCUGCCGGGGGAGCUCGUUCAGGAACCUCCUCGGCCACAGGCACCCGACGAGGCACAACGCCUACGAGCGCCGCUGGCAGAGCGCGAGUUGGUGGUGCAAACAACCUCGCCCUGACCCAAGAACUGAACGCACAAAAGGAGGCCAUCGCCGGCCUCGAAAAGGAGCGUGAUUUUUACUUUGCGAAGCUGAGAGACAUUGAACUUUUGCUCCAGCAGGCCGUUGAGGCUGAUCCAGAAUUGGAAAAGGAAGAAGACUCGUUGGUUAAGCAUAUCCAGGCCAUCCUGUACUCUACAGAGGAGGGAUUCGAGAUUCCAGAUGGCGAGGCUGGAGGAGAGGAAUUGGAGACAUUUUAG